AUGCUCCAAAAGGGAGCCGAAGGGGACUGGAAACCCACUGACCAGCGGCCGUUCUUGGCUGGCCGGGGCUGGUCUGUGGCUGAGGCGGCGAAGCAAGGCCGGAGGAGGGCGAGGGGAGCUUCGGUGAGGCCAAAUGGUGGCCGGAGGUGGUCGGGCAGCCGCCUGUGGUGGUGGCCGAAUAGGGGCUGGGUAGAGGCGACUGGAGCUGGACGGCUCUGGAUUGGCGUGAAGGGAGGGACGCCAAUAUUAAGCUUUGAUGGAAAUGCGGUCUAUAAGAGCAUUAUUGAAGCCACGGAGGAGUUUGAUGCCAAAUAUUGCAUCGGUGUGAGAGGACAUGGAAGUGUUUACAAGGCCCAGUUGCAAACAGGUGAGACUGUUGCGUUCUAUGACUUUUGUUGGAGUUCUCGACAUUCAUUUUUGGUGUAUGAGUUCUUGGAAUGUGGCAGCUUGAAAAAUGUAUUGAAUAGUGAAGAGAGGAUAGCAACAUUUGACUGGAAUAAAAGAGUGAAUGUUGUUAAAGGUGUGGCUUAUGCUUUGUCCUACAUGCACCAUGAAUGCUCUCCUCCUAUAAUUCAUCAAGACGUGUCGAGCAAGAACAUUUUACUGGAUGAAGAAUACAAAGCUCACAUGUCUUAUUUUGUCACGGCUAAGGUUCUAGAACCUUAUUCAUCCGAUUGGAGUUCCUUUGCAAGCACUUUUGGAUAUGCAACUCCAGAUGCAAACCAAGAAUAUACAAAUCAAUGCAAAUACGAUGAUGUGGAUGACAUUGUUGGAGCCACACUGGACGAUGCUCCUGUUCAGUCUCCGGGCAUUGUUCUUCCCCCUGCUCAAUCUUUGAUCAGAGUCGAUUACUGA